AAAAAUCUCCCCAAAAGACGACGGAAAACAGCGGAAUUAUAAGUUCGGAAAGUGUAGUGAAAAUUAUCCGCGCAGUGUUCGCGUUCGCGAUUUUCGUCCCAGUUCCGGUGAAUCCUACCGUAGUGUGAAGCAAGCGUAGUGCAGGCCGGGUUUCCCCUACGACAUGAUGAAUUUCGCUCUUAGCAGCCAAUUCUAUAUCGAUGCUCUAGAACGUGCGAUUCACGAACAAGUUCCGCAGCACUUUCAAACGCUGGCGGAAGAAAACCAACUCAAUCCGUUCGAUCUCGUGCCGCUGGACAUGAUGACUACGGUGGUGGAUCCAUCGGCGGAUGGAAUCGCCUCCGUUGUCGGAGAGGAGAACGAAACAAAGUUUCUGCAGUCAGCGGAAAACCAGCAGCUGCAGCACCAGCAGCAGCAGUCCGACGAACAGCACAGUAGUAGUGGCAGCGAAGGCAACCCAUUCUGCGACAUCAAUGAUAAUAGUAUUCUGGUUGAGUUUGAAAAGAUAGACGAUGAGCUGGAUGAGGACGGAGGAUGUAAUAAAGAAAACAAUACUCUAUACGAAGACGGAGAGCCAUCGCAUGCCACUAUCACGAUCGAGGGUCCGGACAAUCAAAUACUGGCCCGGUAUCGGUGUAACUAUGGCAGCUGUAACCGAAGCUACAGCACGGUAGGCAACCUGCGGACACACAUGAAAACACACCGAGGUGAAUACAAGUUUAAAUGCACCGAAGAGGGUUGCACCAAAGCCUUCCUGACUUCCUACAGCCAGAAGAUUCACAUACGCGUCCACACAAAAGUGAAACCGUACAUCUGUAGUGAGAGCAGCUGCCGCAAAGCAUUCAACACACGGUACCGGCUGAGGGCGCACGAGCGGCUCCACAAUGGCGAAACGUUUAACUGCUCCGUCUGCCAGAAGGUUUUCACCACGCUGAGUGAUCUGAAGAAACAUUCGCGUGUUCACACUCAAGAGCGACCGUACAAAUGCAAAGAAGAUAAAUGUGGCAAAGCGUUUACUGCGUCGCAUCAUCUGAAAACGCACAUCCGGACACAUUCAGGCGAGCGACCCUUUGCGUGUAAGAUCAACGAUUGUAACAAAUCCUUCAGCACACCCCAUAGCCUGAAGACACAUUCAAAAACGCAUGAAAAAGCGAAGAAAAAGUUCUCCAAGUCUGCCAAGAUGAAGAAGGUUCGUUCAUCGGCUGAUGAUCAGGAAGCAGAAAUGUCCUCGUAUGAUAUAGUGGUUAUAGAGGAUGAGCAUGAAGCAGAUGGGACACAUGCAAUCGACAACGGGAAUGAUCAGACACCGAAUGUACAACAGGUUGAUAUGAUUUCGACCGCUCCUAGCAGCAUUGUGACUCCUGGGGAUGAAUUUAGCUUCGUACAGGUGAACGAUUUUCACGAAUCGAAGGCCCUCGAGCUGGCACUGGCCACGGAGGAAGAGCUUAACCCACAGUGGAUCGACAUUUCGAUGUUACAAACAAAACCGCUCGCCGCGCUCGAUCCUGUAACGUCCGCCUGUGUAGCGCUACCAACCAAUGUUCCGUCGUAUGUGGAUCUUUCCUUCAAUGUGAAUGUCGCUGACUAUCUACCGUCCACGGAAACGAAUGGAGUAACCACAUCCCCGGGUGGAGCGGUUCUUACCGGAGAUCUUGCCGCUGAUGGAUCACAGGUGUUUACCAUCGAAAAUUAUUUCGACGAAAAUUUGUUGGAAAGUGCCAACGCCACGGUACAGAUUGAUCGUGCAAUACAAAAUAGUGAAAAGCGUGCUGGCGGUGUGAAGCAAGAGGAACAGGAAGAAACGGAAAAAUUAAUCAACGAGCUGUUUGCCGAGGAGUUCCUGCCGAAACUAAAUACUGAUGCUAUGGGAAGAACGCAAGGGGGCGAACCAUUGGGAAGUAGUGGUUUCGUGUCGGUUAAUAAGAUGGAAAGCGCUCAAAACGAACCAAACAACAUGUUAAUGAACGCUCCGAUCGCUGCACCGGAUGUUUCGACGAAAACACUGAAGGACAUAACGGCCGAUGCAGAUAUUUGUCGUUGCGUCAACUGUCAGUGUGAUCCAUUGCAGGGAUGCAUUGGAGGAUGUGGUCCCGAGAAUCCUUGCCGUGGAACAACGGCCGUAAGUUCGGAAUUUAAUGUUUCUGCUUUGAUACCAACCAUGUCCCAGGCGCACGAUCGACACCAUACACAAAUGCAACAAGUAACGCCCAUUGAGGCGCAAUCCGCCGUACCAAGCGGUAUGGAUUUGCUGGCAAUACAGCAGCAACCUCAGCAAUCGAUUGAACCUCCAAAAUCGUUGCAAUCUUCUUGUUGUAAAGCAUCGAUAGCAGCCAGCGACAACGGUAUUGGUGGAAUCGGACCGAAGCUAACCGAUCAGCUGGAACCACUGACCAAUAUGCUGAAAAGCUUGCAGAACUGUUCCUGUGCUGGACCGCGGGAUGGUCAUUCGAAGGGUUGUUGUGUGGUCAUUUGUCUGAAGACGCUGGAAACGCUCAAAAAGGUACUGAGCACACACUCCAGUUUGAUCCACUGUCACAAUAGCAGUAGUGCCAUAAUCAACUGAGUGAUUCGAAACCGUCUGUCGGUUGGUGAGUGAGUUACACUUAGUGCAAUAGAUUCACGUUUAAUGCAAAACGCAGUACAAACAUCUAAUCGCGAAACAGUCCAAUCGUUGUUAGUGAUAAAAGCGGGAAAAAAGGAGAAAGGAGAGAUUACCGUCCUAAGAGGACGAUAGCUGAAACGGUUCUAUUCGUUGUUGUAGGAGAUAUUAUGUUUUAAUGCGUUUGUUUUAUUUUUCUUGUUUGUUACAAAUAGUCUUAGUUCCAUGAUGGAAACGGAGGCGAGUAAAGUUUACCGUUAAGAGAAGAAUAUUGAAAAUGCUCACGGCAGUAAUGCGGCCGGCCUUUUUGCUAUUGCUAUCCCAACGACUUUCCCUAUACUGAACUAUUAACUUAAUCUUUUCUAUUACUUCGAUUUAACGUAAACAAUCUAGUUUCCAGUCUUUAGCGUUAAUGCUUAAUUGUCCACAUUCUCCAAGAAACGCCUGAUAGAUUUCGCAUUUGUCUAUAUAAUUCCCCCAGGGGGAAUCUCGAUGUGAACGAAACCGUGCGAGUAAAAAAGGAGUCUGUUAUCUGUUGUUUAUUUGUUCCUAUUAGGGGAGGAAUCGGCAAGUCCGGCAACUUUGUCAAUAUUUUUGCAAUACUGCUAGCUUGAAGCUUCAAGUAAUGUUACUCCUGAUCGGUUUAAAAUCAGCUGGCGACAUCCUGAGGGACGACUUUGCCGAUCCCUGCUAUGUGCUACGUUAGUAUUUUAGUAUUACUAUCCUAUUUCUCUAACGGAACUGUCCGCUGUGUAUUUCUGCUAAGUACCUACCUAUAUCUAUCUACUAUUAAAGUGCUGUAGCUUUGCUAUUACAUUCUUUAUUGUGCCAAAUAUUACAAAACUAUGCCAAAUGUGCAAUAAUAUGCAGUCGGAAGUUAAAGCUUAAGCAUGAUAACCAGAGUCAGUUAGUUUUGCGACAAUUGUUUUGUUGGGAUUGAAUAGAAUUUAAAUGCAUCUGUAAAAGAUGAUAAUAUGCGGCAAGUUAUGAAGUAGUCGAGUCAGUUGUUUUCAUUUCGGGGAGCUUACUGUUAGUAUAGAGAGUAGAAUUCUCUCAAGCUUUUCGUCAGGAGUAGAUAUCGCGGGACGAAGAAACGGAGUGUGGGUGAAAACACAGUCAAUUUUAGCAAUUAGUUUUAGUAUGCUUUUAACCUAGUCAUUUUGUUCGUACAAGGCCGUCAACAAUAGCGUUCGUUUUUGCGUUUAACGAUCAGAGCAGAAUUCGAGGUACCAAAGCAAACACCAUGGGUACGGUAACGAACAAAUGCAACUUGCCAAGGAGCACUACUGUUUGCAGAACAACACCCAAACUCAUUACAAAAUAGAGAUCGACACAUGUGUUUUAAAUAAA